CAGAGGCCCCAUCGCCCUAGCACACACAUUUGCAGUGAGCAGGACCCUCAGGCCUCCACAAUGUGGGCCCCUGCCUCCGGACCCUGCCCUCCUCCUCAUCUGCUGCUGGCUCUGCUGUGGGGACUCACAGGUGUGGCCGGUGAGGCGGGGCUGCAGGUGAUCCAGCCUGACAAGUCCGUGUCUGUCGCAGCCGGACAGACAGCCACUCUGCGCUGCACCGUGACCUUCCUGCUCCCCAUAGGGCCGACUCAGUGGUUCAGGGGGACAGGGCCAGGCCGGAAGUUAAUCUUCAGUUUCAAAGGAGGCCACUUUCCCCGAGUAGCAAAAGUUUCUGACUCCACAAGGAGAAACAACACGGACUUUUCCAUCCGCAUCAGUAACAUCACCCCAGCAGACACCGGAACCUACUACUGUGUGAAGUUCCAGAAAGGAAUCCCUGAUGAUGUGGAGUUUAAGUCUGGACCAGGCACCCAGGUCACUGUGAGUGCCAAACCAUCUCCCCCAAUGGUGUCGGGCCCCACGGCCAGGGCCUCUCCGGAGCAGACAGUGAACUUUGCCUGUAAGUCCCAUGGCUUCUUUCCCAGAAACAUCACCCUGAGAUGGUUCAGAAACGGGAAUGAGCUGGCAGCCUCCCAGACCAGCGUGGACCCAGAGGGAGACAGAACGUCCUACAGCAUCUCCAGCACAACCAGACUGGUGCUGGCCCCGGGGGAUGUUCACUCCCAGGUCAUCUGCGAGGUGACCCACGUGACCCUGCAGGGGGGCCCUCCUCUUCGUGGGACUGCCAACCUGUCUGAGGUCCUCCGAGUUCCACCCACCGUGGAGGUUUCCCAGCAGCCCGUGUCAGGGGACCAGGUGAAGGUCACUUGCCAAGUGAAGAAGUUCUACCCCCAGCGCCUCCAGCUGACCUGGUUAGAGAAUGGCAACGUGUCCCGAACAGAAAUGGCCUCAAGGGCCUCAAACCUCGUAGAGAACAAGGAUGGGACCUUUAACUGGACAAGCUGGCUCCUGGUGAACUCAUCUGCCCACAGGGAAGGCAUUGUGUUCACCUGCCUGGUGCAGCAUGACGGGCAGCCCGCGGUCACCAGAAACCAUACCCUUGUGGCCUCAGCCCACCAGAAGGACCAGGAAACCCAUAAAACCCAGGAUUCAAGGCCAUCUACUCCAAUCCUGAUAGCUGUCACCCUGGGCCCGAAGCUGCUGCUGCUGCUGCUCAUCACUAUCUCUGCCAUCUAUGUCUACAAGAAGCGAGUGCCCAAUUCUCAUAACCUAAUUAAACUACAGAGGGAACAUCUGACAAAUACAGUCCAGCCACAUGAUCAUGAGUUCACCAAUACUCAUAAACCACGGCCACAGUGUGCUCUCUGAUAUAUUGUGAUGAAAACAACACUUUUCCUCUGUGACCUUCCUCCCCAAAACCACUCCCCCAGUCUGUGUAUGAGAAAAGCAUCAGACAAAUUGCAAUGAGGGACAUUCCACCAUAUACCUGAGCAGCAUGCAAAACUGUCAGGCUGUUGCUAUCAAGGAAAGUCCAAGAAGCUCUCACAGCUGAAAGGAGCCUAGAGAGACAUGACAAGGACAUGUAAUGUGGUAUCCUGCAUGGAAUUCUAGGACAUAAAGGGACAUGGAGUGAAAAUUAAGGAAAUCUCUUCUGGACUAAAUAGUUGUAUCUCUCAAAUGCUCAUGGGAUUUGGAGGUGGGGACUUUGCAGAUAAUGAGAUCAUGAGGGUGGAGUCCUCAUGAAGGGGAUCAUUGCCUUCAUGAAAAGAGGCCAGACAGGCAGCUCACUCCAUCCACCUGGUGAAAAUACAAGUUGUUGGCAGUCUGCAACUUCAAAGAGAGAUCUCAUCACAACCCUGAUCUUGGACUUCCAGCCUCCAGGACUAUGAGAAAUAAGUUUCUGUUGUUUUGAGGCAUCCAGUUUAUGCUGUUUUGUUAUAGUGGCCCAAGCUAAGACAAAAUUAAACUAUAGAUUUUGGUUAAUAACAAUGCCCCAAUAUUGGUUCACUAAUUAUAACAGAUGCAACAAAUUACUGUAAAAUGCUAUAAAUAGGGGAAACUGUAUGCACCUAUAUAUUGGAAAUCUGUGUGAUUGUCUCAGCUUUUCUCCAAAUGUAAAACUGUUCCAAAAAUGUAACUCUAUUCUAAAAAAAAAAAAAAGUCAACAUCUUGUCCUCAGCUGGAUCACUGCCCCUUGGAGGGCAAUUCGAGGAAAUGUGUGGUAGGGAGAUAUCUGCGUUUCUAUACCCAGAUUUUAUCUUACUUCACAGGUCUAAGGUUCCUCUUCCUUUCUCUGUCCUCUGUCCUCUGCUAGAGCUCACUCCAAAGCCUGACACCCAGAGAUCCCAGAAGAACCUGCUUCUCAGUCCCCCAUGAUAUUCACUCUAAAUGUUUCCAAUUAGUGAAGCCCAGGUUAGAUCAGAUGGAGUCAGGGAACUCUGCGUGCUUGAAGUAGGGUAGCUUUAAGACCUCAGUGGUGGAUGAAGUUAAUCUGUGUCCUGUUCCCAAUCAAGUUGGGUGGAAGGGGCUCUGCAGAGGGUGGUGGAUGCUGUGAUACACCAGGCCUGAGGAGAUGGCCCUCAGCUGUCAUCCCUCUUUGAGAUGGCCUCAGCUGAGGAAAUCCCCCAUGCCCAAGGUCAAGCCUGGGACCUUGCCACAUCCAGUGUCUCAUCAACAUGGGGAUGGAGCCCCUUCCAUCCUCGAAGACAAAAAUCAUCACCAUCUCCAAAACUCUAACCUUUUUCCACACCAUGUCUUUGAGCCUCCAUGUCAGCAGGGGUAAUCAGCUCACUUUAGGGUACAGGUUGAAAUGGCAUCUCCUCCUACUUCCCCACUAUCUUGUCUGGAUCCCCCAUCCCUACUCCUGACACUGCUGCUGGCAUUUACAGGGGAAUGGGUCCUCAGGUGUAUCUGCUGGGGAUACCCCUAUGCCUGUUUUCUGUGCUCUUUUCACCUGUUUACCUAGAAUUUCUUGGGGAGAGAAUUUUUCUGUCCUUCCCAGCAUUUACAGAACUAAAUUGGAAGGGUUCCCAGCUCACAGUAACUCCCAAUGGCUGUGUCUGUCCCACACACUUUUGUUCUGGGAAUGGGUGCACGCUAAUGGCCACAGUCCUGAGCACAGCACACACAUCAGAACUCUCAUCCCCCAACCACUAAGAACAAAGAACCUGUCUUUUCAAUUUACUACCAUCAUAGAGAUGCUACCUCUCAAAGGACAACAAAUGUUGGAGAACAUGAAAUUAUAAAGUGGGACAAGAAUCUACAAUGCUUCCAUCCAAAGAUAAUUCAAUGUUAAAAAUUUGCAGUUUUUGUGCUCAUGGAAUAUUGGCCAGAAGUGGUCACUAGAGGUCUCUCUGGGUCAGUGAUGGAAGCUGAAUCCUGCAGGCUCUCCAGAGAACUAUGAAUUUCUGUCUCUACUUGCUGAAAAUGUUAAAUGAGCUGUGGAGUCUCUUCCCCAAGGCCAUUGGUCCAAAUACCUAGAAUAGCCAACUCAAGAUUGAUACCAUUGGAUUAUAAGACUUCCAAGAAAGCUACAGUAAUUGAAACAGUGGUAUUGGUGAAAGAACUGACACACAGAUCAAUGCAACAGAAUAGAAAGUCCAGAAAUACACCCUCAUAAAUAUAGCCAACCGGUCUUUGAGAAGGACCAAGACAGUCUUUUCAGCAAAUGGUGAAAUAAAUAAAUAAAAUCUUUAAAAAAAAAAACCAUACAUAAAACACAAAAGUAUAAAAUUCCUAGUAGAUACCAUGGAAGAAAAUCUAGAUGAUCUUUGAUUUGGAUUGCUUUUUUUUAAAACAUCUAUUUAUUUAUUUGACAGAGAGAGAGAGAUCACAAGAAGGCAGAGAGGCAGGCAGAGAGAGAGUAGGAAGCAGGCUCCCUGCCAAGCAAAGAGCCCAAUGCGGAGCUAGAUCCCAGGGCCCUGAGACCAUGACCUGAGCCAAAGGCAGAGGCUUUAACCCACUGAGCCACCCAGGGGCCCCUGGAUUACUUUUUUUGAUAGUAUGACUUCAUAUCUUAAAGCAGUUUUAGGUUCACAAUAGAAUUGAGCAGAAGGUGCAGAGAUUUCCCAUGGGACUCCCAUCCCCACACAUCACAGCUGCUGCUAUUAUCAAUAUCUUCCACCAGAGUGAUACAUUUAUUUAAAAUUAUGAACCUACACUGAAAUGUCAUUAGCAUUCAAAAUCCAUAGUUCACAUUGUGGUUCACGCUUAGUAUUGCAUAGUCUAGGGGUUUGAUAUCAACUUUUAUUGUAUUUUACGGAGUAGUUUCAUUGCCCUAAGAAUCUUCUAUGCUCUGCCUUUUAACCUCCUUCUACUCUAACCCCUGGCAAUCACUGAUAUAUUUACAUUCACCACAUUUUGCCUUUACCAGAAUGUCAUAUAGUUGGAAUCAUGCUGUAUGCAGACUUUUCCUUUCAAUCAAUACUAAGCAUUAAAGUUACCUCCAUAUCCUUUCAAGACUUGCUAGCUCAUUUUUUUUUAGUGCUGGAUAAUAUUCCACUGUCAGGAUGUACCACAAUUUCUAUAUCCAUUCACCUACUGAAGGUCUUCUUGGAUUCCUUCAAGCUUGGCAAUUAUAACUAACGCUGCUAUAAACUGCGAGGAGGAAUCUGUUCCAGGCCUCUCUUCUAGCUUCUGGUAGCUUCAGACCAUCCUCGAACUGUACAUGGCAUUCCCCUUUAUCUUCACAUCAUCUUCCCUUGUGUAUGACAGCUAAGCUGAGCUGUGCCUAAACUCCUGGUGCACAGAAACUAUGAAAUAAUAUGUGUUUUCUUAAACUAUUAAGUUUGUGGUAAUUUGUUAUGCAGCAAGUUCCCCUGUUUACACAGCAUCGAC